CGCUGAUUUUGAACAGUGAUCUUGAGCGGCAACGUCAACAACGCCAUGCCAGUGGAAGUCCAAGUGUUGAGCGUGGCAUCCACGGAGAUGUCGCCUGCAAUCAUUGUAACCGAGGAGAGCCAAAGGUAUCUCUUCAAUGCUGGCGAAGGUCUCCAGCGAUUGUGCAUGGAACAUCGCGUCCGCUUGGCCAAGUUGCAUCACGUGUGCUUGACGGAGCUCACGUCAUCCACCGUGGGUGGCCUACCUGGCUUGAUCUUGACUGUGUCAGAUACAGGCAAGAAGGGUCUGAAUGUGUUUGGUCCAUCUGGAACGAAGUCGUUCAUGCGUGCUACUCGGCACUUUUUGCACAGACCCGACUUUGCCAUGGACAUCCAGGACUUGACUCCUUCGUCCGCCAAAGUUGUCCACAACGAAAGUUUGAGUUUGCAGCCCGUGGUCGUAGACGAUGCGUACGCUUCAACCACGACCACCAGCGACACCAGUCCGUCCCACAAACGAGCCAAACUCAUGACGACUGCAAACCCAACGACCAGUGUCAGCUACAUUGGUGAAACGCCCACGCAGCGGGGGAAAUUCCUUAUCCAAAACGCCCUGGCGUUGGGCGUGCCAAAAGGUCCAUUGUGCGGUAAAUUGCAUCGUGGGGAGGACGUUGUGAUCCAAGUGGACGGAGUGUCUGUGACUGUCAAGUCGAGUGACUGUGUGUCGUCGUCGGUUGCAGGCUCCGCCUUUGCUAUCGUGGCAUGUCCUACGGUGGGCACCAUUGAUUCCCUCGUUCAGCAGCCUCAGUUUGCUCGGUAUCAACAACCUAAUUCGGUCGUGAGUAUGACCUUGUUGGUGCAUCUGGGCAACACAGCAGUUCUCGGCCACCCACACUAUAUCCAGUGGGUCAAGUCGUUUGGACCCCACGUCCACCACAUCUUGGUAAACCACCCAGAAUGCCCGCAAUGGUCCGUGUUCCGGUCGAGUGCGACGCUGCAAACCCAGUUGCAUCACCUGUUUCCGUCCAACUUCGCCGCGCCGCACCACGAAGUGGCGCCCGUGGAGCGUGUCACCGUUGCUUUUGGAGACGCGACGAUUGGACUACCACUGCUCAAGUACAUACUCACCCCUUCCGCCAAGCAAGGCCUGGAUCGAUCGCUUGUCAUGCAACCAUUGGACUUGCCUGCCAUCCACAUGGACACCGAGCAGACGUUGGCGACCGCAAAGGUUUCGCUCACCCACAAAGAGGCCCCCACAAUCACCGCAAAUGAUUCGGAUACCGUCGACGGUCGAGUGACGUUCCUGGGCACCGGAUCGGCCAUACCAUCCAAGUACCGCAACGUCACGUCCAACUUGAUUGCAAUCGGGUCGAGCUUUCUCCUCUUGGACGCUGGCGAAGGAUGCUAUGGACAACUCUUCCGCCAUGUUGGCGGGGACGAUGGAAAACUGAAGCACUUGCUGGAGAACCUACAUGUGGUGUGGAUUUCGCACAACCACGCCGACCACCAUUUGGGUCUAGUGCGGCUCUUAUCGCAGCGGAAUCCGUUGUUGCCGCCCGUGGCCAUCAUUGGGCCGACUGCCGUGUUUUAUUGGCUCCAAGAGUACGGACGCAUCGAUGCAACUGUGGCAGACAAGUACCUGUUUGAAAACAACACUGCGUAUGACAUUCGACACAACCCCACCAAAAACUUGGACCCGUUUGGCUUGCACAAGCCCACGAUCGACGGCAUCUUGGCCACAUAUUUCGGCAUCGCUACAUUUGAGUGUGUACCCGUGAAACACUGCUUCCAGUCGUAUGCGGUGGUAUUCACACUUAUGAAUGGGUUCAAGUUUGUGUUUUCGGGCGACUGCCGGCCAAGUGAUUUGCUGGUGGAACACGCCAUGGAUGCACACGUGUUGAUUCACGAGGCGACAUUUGAAGAAAGCAUGGUGGACGAAGCCAAGAAGAAGGACCACUCGACGACAGAGGAAGCCAUUGACGUUGGCAUCCGCGCGAACGCCAAGCACAUUUUGCUGACGCAUUUCAGGUAUAACGUUGGUCCUUUGAGUCUAUAUAGAUUGUACAUACAGGCUAAGGUUUGCAGUCAACGGUACCCGAAAAUGCCAAAUUUGAGCGCAGACACGUUGGAGCGCGUCAUGACGGCCCUGGACUUGAUGUCGCUUCCCUUGGACGCGUGCCAUGUCCCGAAUAUGAUGCUCGCAUGCCAAGCGUUGAUGCCAAGUGGAAGCGACGGCGCAGACGAAGACCAAUAGACCCCCCAUCACUCCUAGUGCAAUAUCGUACUUCGAAGUAAUAGAUUCUAAAACAAGGCAAGUUCACCGUGA